AUAAAAUGUUGGACUAUCGAGAGAAGAGACUGCAGAUGGAGCCUUUAAAAUUCAGCAGUGCAUCUCCAUCUGCUGAAGAAUUGGAUUCUCUAGAAUUCAGGAAGGCGGUCUGCAAAGGAGUUUAUGAUGAUAAAAAAUCAAUCUUUGUGGGUCCACGUUCGAGAAGUAUUUCAGGAGUGACUGAAAAUGGCUACUAUCUUAUAACACCUCUUAUGCCGGCUCCCAGUUGUCCAGACAGCGUGAGUUUUCCAGUAAUAGUCAACAGAGGAUGGGUUCCACGCAGUUGGAGAGAUAAGUUUGUUGAAGCUUCUCAAGAUGGUGAGCAGUCUUCAGAACGACUCCCCUCUCCAUCGCAGGCUGGUGGAACAAAAUCCUGGUGGAGAUUUUGGUCUAGAAAACCUGAUAUCACUGAGGAUCAUUCCCCUCCUGUCACACCCGUAGAAGUAAUCGGAGUAGUUCGUGAAAGUGAGAAACCAAGUAUUUUUGUUCCAGCAAAUGAUCCUGAGUCUUCCCAAUGGUUCUAUGUUGAUGUUCCAGGCAUUGCCCGUGCUUGUGGACUCCCAGAAAACACUAUCUAUCUUGAAGAUAUUAAUGAAAAUAUCAAUCCAAGUAAUCCUUACCCUAUCCCAAAGGAUGUCAACACUUUGAUUCGAAGUUCAGUCAUGCCUAGAGACCACCUCAAUUAUACAAUGACAUGGUAUUCUCUUUCUGCAGCUGUUACAUUUAUGGCAUUUAAGAGACUGAGGCAGAAAAAUAAGCGGAGAUAACAAAAUCGUCACUGCGCAUUUCCCAGUAAUAUGGCAUGGUGCAUACAUCUCCAUUCAUGUUUUCGCGCUUAAAGUCAGAUCUUAACUGAACGGGAAUUAUUUCCAUCUAAGUUCGGUUCAAAUGAUAUCUUCUCAGCCUAGGGUAUGGCUCUCGCCCUAAAUGAUGAUAAGAUUAUGUUUCUUGACACUUAUGUUUUACUUAACGAUGAGGUGGAUGGCGAUUAAAUUGUUCAGCGGCAACCAAGCCAAUUUUCCAUCUGAAAAUAAAGUAUUGUUACUUGUUUUGAGAGGACAAAGUAUUAAAAGUAGGAGGUAGCUGAGGAAGUGAGUAGUUGAAUCAGUCCCAAUCUCAAUACUUGAUGUUCAAUUUUUUUUUCCUAUUAAGUUUUGUUCAAACUGAGCUCUUAACAUGUCCAGGGUUUGUCAAUGGUCAUUUUUGGCCAUUCCCCUUGCCAGCUGAGUUCAGUGACCUAUUUGUGCUGUGCUUACAUGAUUAUGUUUUGUUUUCCCCGUUGGCAUGGGAUAUCAUUCUUGUUUCA